AUGCCCAUCGCAGAUGUUCAUUUUGGUGAGGAAAACAUUCCCAAUGCAGAAUCAACCAAAUUCCUGGGUGUUGUCUUGGACUGGAAAAUGUGUGGAAAACAGCAUCUGAAAUACAUACAAGACAAGUGUGAAAAAGGAAUCAACAUUUUGCGAGCACUAUCAGGAGUUUGGUGGGGAUCUCAUCCAUAUUGUCAAAAGCUACUUUAUAAUGCUAUUAUUCGCAGCCACAUGGACUAUGGAUCCUUCAUAUUAGAACCAUGUAAUAAGGAAGCCUUAGAAAGGUUGGAUUUAAUACAGGCUAAAUGCUUAAGAAUCGUACUUGGUGCCAUGAGGUCUUCUCCAAAAAACGCAAUGCAAGUAGAAUGUGUGGAGCCUCCACUGGCACUGCGCAGGCAAUAUCUUGCCAACAGGUUCCUCAUAAGAGCUAUCUCCAAUUCCAAUCACUUGCUGAUUCCACGCUUGCAGGCUCUUGCUUCACUGGUCACUGAAAACCCAUAUUGGAUGCAUAAGGAGUUUCCAAAAAAUAUUAUUACUUAUUCUAAAUUAAAUCGUAUAAACCCUAUAUUAUAUAAAUCAGGAACAAACCCCAUAUUUGAAACAAAAUUUGAAACUUUAAUUUACUCUCCUAGGAUUAUUCUAGACCUAGGAAUAUUUAAAAAUGAUCCGGGAGCUAAUAGCAAAUUUAAAAAACUUUUAGAAAAGUGGGCAGGCUACUUACCAGUGUUUACUGACGCAUCAAAAAGUGAUCCCACAAAGUGUGUUGGAGCCGCAGUGGUGAUUCCAAAAUAUAACAUUGUCUUGAUGUUUAAGUGCCCUCCAGAAUCAUCAAUUUUUACAGGCGAGGCUGUUGCCAUCUUAGAAGCUGUAACGUAUGCUGACUCUCACAAUAUAACAAAAAUGAUAAUAUUUACAGAUAGCAGGAGUUGUCUGCAAGCUAUUGUGGGCAAUCAGUUUAAAAUGAAGACAAAAUUUCCCUUAAUACUUCAGAUCAAAACCUUAUUAAGAAAAUGUGACUUAAAGGGGUUAAAAAUAGUACUCGGGUGGAUCCCAGGCCAUUGUGGUAUUGCUGGAAAUGAGUCUGCAGACUUAUGGGCAAGGCAAGCUAUUGAGAUGGGAUCACCAGGUCACGAUAAGAUAUACAGCUCUGACCUUCUGAGCCAUGCACAGACUGAUCUGUUUAACACGUGGCAAAAUCUCUGGGAUUCUUCCAGAUUGGAGGUUCCCAGUCUAUCCUUCCACAAAAAUCAAAAUUAAACCGAACAUUCUCUGCUCACAUAAGUCAAAAGUCCACACCUCGACAUUGGCAGAAUCCACCUUGCUAAAUUAGCGAGGAGUAAAAGCCAUUUAUGGAAAAAAAAAAAAAAAAAAAAAAAAACAA